UUUAAGCAAACUCUCUCUCAAUAUCAAAUAUAACACUACUUUUUCUUAUCAACCUACAGCAGCCCACCUGUCUGUCAAUAAUCUAUGAUGACAGAUCCCGGUAUUAUAUUGUUUGGCAAAAAAAUUGGGAUGCCUGAGACACCCAAGAUUGCCAGUGUUUCACCUUUAGACACCGUGGUCGGAGGUGGUGGUGAUGACGGUUUUGUGAUGGGAAGGAGGUCUUGUUCAGUGGAACUUGUAGAGAAGACUUGUUCAUCAAUAAACAGACAUGAAUCACAUGAACAAAGAAAAGAUGAAUCCGAUGAUAAUCCGAAAACUCCUUCCAUUGAUGAAGAGGGGGUGUCGGAACACGUUCAGACGACUGGAAACGACGAUGAUACUUCGAAUUUGCAAUCAAAAAGUCUGAAAAAACCGGACAAAAUUCUUCCUUGCCCACGUUGUGAAAGCAUGAACACAAAGUUUUGCUACUACAACAAUAACAACAUCAACCAACCUCGCCAUUUUUGCAAGAGUUGCCAGAGGUACUGGACCGCCGGAGGUACCAUGAGAAGCAUGCCAGUUGGAGCAGGUCGCCGCAAGAAAAAGAGCACCCCGGCAGAUUACCGUUUCAUCAUCUCUCAAGAAGCUUUUGAAUCAGCAGCUGAUUUUGAGGGAGUUCAUAACAUAGUUCGUCCACCAAAACUACUUUCAUUUGGUCCAAAUUCUCCACAGUUUGGAGCCAAAUUGGGUGGCAGAGAAAACGGAGACGAAAGCUCCAGUGGAUCCACCGUGGUAACUUCUAAUUCAAUAAUUGAACAAAAACAAGAUAACAACGGAUUCCAUCCCCAAGUUCAUUGGAUUCCAGGGGCUUCAUGGUACCCAAUGCAGAUUCCAGCCUUUUACCCUCCAGGACACCCUCCAAUGCCAAUCUACCCUUCACCUUACUGGAAUUCUGUUACUUGGUUACCCCCAAACUUCACCAAUUUAGGAAAACAUUCAAGAGAUGUGGAUGCAAUAAGACCAAACGCGUCCCACGAGGAGUCAAAGAGGCAGAAGAAUUCAGUUCUGACUCCUAAGACUCUUAGAAUAGAUGAUCCAGAUGAAGCUGCAAAGAGUUCUAUAUGGGAGACACUGGGAAUCAAAAACGAAAACAGUGGCAGAGGAGAGCUAUUUAAGGCCUUUCAAGCAAAAGGAGAUGAAAAGAAGAAACAUACAGCCACCGAACCAUGCCCUGCGCUACAUGCAAAUCCUGCUGCUUUCUCUAGAUCACUCUGCUUUCAAGAAAGAGCCUAAAAUGUCUGACACUAUAUGCCACGGUGAUUCGAUGUGAAUACAAUGUAAGAAAUAGCAAACAGCAGAAGGAGUAGGACUUUUUUGUAUAGAUUCUUAGAUGUUCAGAUUUUUGUAAAAUUUCUGCAACUUUUUAUGCAAAAUGGUAAUGAGUUUGGUUAAAUAAAAAUUAACAGUUAUGAA